AUGGACGCUUUCAAACUUCUUUUCCAAGGCCCUUACAAUAUACCACGAGAGAUGGGUGUAGCUUCCCUCAGAAGUCAAAUCAACAUAUACACAUUCAGAUACGUCUACAUCUCCUUUGGCAUUACAAUAGCCUUUGUUGAAUGUUGUAUUUUCCCUUUAAUGUUUUUAAUAAUCCCUUUGGCUCUAGUCCCAGCUAUGACAGUGAUUGUAUUGAAAAAAGUGAACUUCCCACUCCCAAAAAAACUGUUUGACGUUGACAUUUUGUUUGUUGCAGUUAUGGCGGGACUGUUCUUGUGUAACGGACUUGCACUGUACUUCGAUAAAAAGUAUCUCUUCGCGAAUUUUGCUAUGUUCACAACAAACAGUGUUGUUGUCCAAGCUCAUGCUUUCCUCUUUGACUGCUCUGCUGACGACAAACAGACGAAACAAACUGUCACAGAGACUGACGAAACACUUCAAACAGAUGAGGUCGAAAAAACACAAGAAGAAAAAGUCGAAGAAACCAAUGAAGAACAACUCAACAAAAUGAAGUAA